AUGUCAUCGCCAAUCGUCCUCAUCUUCGGCGCGGGAGCCAACAUUGGAGUCAAUGUCGCAAAGGAAUUUGUAGCAGGCGGUUACAAGGCCGUCUUGACCUCAAGAAAGGCCCCAACUGAGCCUGACUCCAGGUUCUCUUACCUCCAAGGCGACCUUGCGAACCCCGAGUCUGUCAGCGAAAUCUUCUCGAAGGUCCGCUCGCAGUUUGGAGAACCAAGCGUUGUCGUUUACAAUGCCGCCGCUGUCUCUUUCACUGCGCCUGACGAUCCAUUUGUUGUUGAACGGGCCACGUUCGAAAAGGAUCUCAACAUCAACACUACCAGCACAUUUGUCGCUAUUAAAGAGUCGCUUGCCAGCUUUAAGGCUCUUCCCGAAACUGCUUCCCGCACUUUCAUCUAUACCGGCAAUGCCAUGAACUUCCUCCCCUUCGGAGGUGUGAUGACUUUGGGUGCAGGAAAGAGUGCCAGCGCGCACAUGAUCGCAUCUGCGGCUACAGCCUACGCACCAAAGGGUUACAAGUUCUACUACGCGGAUGAGAGAAAGGCGGACGGAAGGCUUAGUGGCAAGACCAUCAGCGGCGAGGCCCACGGUCAGCUCUACAAGAAGAUCUCUGAAGACAAGACUCAAGGCCCUUGGUUGCAGACCUUUGUUCCAGGAAAGGGAUAUGUAGCUUUCCCAGCAGACACUGAUGUCAGUCUCCCUCCUCACUAA